AUUAUUUGAAAUGUCGAACUAGAAUUAAAAAAUGCUUCUCGUGCAUCUCUUUGAGAAGCAUGGUCGAUAACGUUUUGAGAAGCAUGGGUUACAAGUGCAUUGCCACAAUUGGCGAGGGAACUUACGCCAAAGUCAAGCUCGCCACCUCGAAGAAGCAUCAACGCAACGUGGCCAUCAAAAUCCUGGACCGUGACAAGAAUCCAGAUUUUUGCGAAAAAUUUCUCCCGCGGGAACUUGCUGUAAUAAGACGCAUCCAUCACGAGAACAUCAUUCACGUGCACGAGUACUUUGAGGUGGGCCGCAAGUAUGUGUGUAUCGUGAUGGAGGUAGCGGAGAAGGAUCUCCUUCAGAAGAUCCACGAGGACAAACGCAUCCCGAAAGAACAGACGAAAACCUGGUUCUCUCAGAUGGUUAGCGCGGUGAACUACCUCCACCAGCUUGACAUCGCCCAUCGAGAUCUCAAGUGCGAAAACAUUCUCCUGACGACCGACGGGCGCGUGAAGAUCUGCGACUUCGGUUUUGGGCGCUUUAUGAAAGAAAGUUUUGAGCGCAGUCACACCUUCUGCGGUUCUGCUGCCUACUGUUCCCCUGAAGUUCUGAGGAACACGCCAUACGACCCGAAAAAGUAUGACGUGUGGAGUCUGGGGGUGAUCUUGUACACUAUGAUCACUGGACUUUUGCCGUUCGACGACACAAACAUGAGACAGCUUACAAGACUUCAGGAGAUGCCCUUGGUUUACCCGGAUAAUGUUGACGUUGAGGAGUCGUGCCGCGCUUUCAUCGCCACUUUACUUCAGGUCAACCCUUCCACACGACCAACCAUUCAACAGGUGGCGGAACAUCCGUGGCUGCAGGUGGCCGACAGCCAGCACGGUUAAUACCCGCCAAUAAAAAUGGAAAUGCGAAGAAAA